AUGAAAGAUGAUUUUAUGCGUAACAUUGGGAGAGGUUCGAGCCUCCAUGCCGAACUCUGGGAGAUUAUCUGGGCAUUGAAACGGGCCUGGGACAUGCAGUGGCGUCGAGUCAUUAUCGAAACAGACUGCUGGGAGGCUGUUGAGUUGCUCUCGACUGGGUGGGCAGAGGACCAUAGUGAAGGUCACCUGGUCACUGAAAUCCGGAGCUGGUUGGACAAGGAGUGGCAAGUUUCCUUGGAUCGGUAUCACAGAGACGCUAAUGGCGCUACUGACGCGUUGGCCAAAGAAGCUCUUAAUAUUGAGAUAGGAGCUGUCUUCUUUAGUUCUCCACCUAGUUUAUUAACGCCUCUUCUUGCUUCGGAUAUAGCCUAG